AUGUCCCUCCCCCUCUGUUUCGUCCCAAAGUCGACUUUUGCGACCGAACACCCUCGCGAUAUGGUCGCAAUUGGAGCUAGCUGAGAACGCAACAACGGGAUCGAGGCUUACAGGGAACAUUCUCCGGCAAAAAUGGGUUCCAAUGGGAUCAACGAGGACUUAUCAAGACAAGUUCGUGUUCGCUUUCUGACUAAGCUGCCUCCGCCGUUUAAAGUUCAGACGAGCUCCAUUGCAAUUCCAGCUAAUCUCAGUAGAAUGGGGCUCUCAGAGAUUGUGAACCUUCUUCUGAAGAACAGCAAUGCAGAGUUCGAAACUACACCUUUUGAUUUUCUAAUUGAUGGAGAACUUAUUCGAAUGCCGCUAGAACAAUUUCUUCUUGUGAAGAGUAUAUCUGCUGAAAAAAUACUUGAAAUAGAAUAUAUAAGGGCUGUAGCUCCUCGAAAGCAUGAAGAUCCACAUUUGCAUGAUGAUUGGGUCAGCUCAAUAGAUGGAUCUAAUCCAAGAUUUGUUUUGACUGGUUGCUAUGAUAAUCUUGCACGGAUAUGGAAAGAUGGUUCAUUUUGCACGCAUAGCUUGCAAGGGCAUAAUGGUGCAAUUACAUCUGUCUGUGUAAUCAAUCAAAAAGGAAAUUCUAGUCGUAAUGACAUUUGUAUAGCCACUGGUUCAAAAGACAAGACGCUGAGGCUAUGGAUGUUUGAUGUAGCGGAAUCUGCUGAUAAUCCAGUUAGGAUUGGAGCAUUUAAAAUUCUCAGGGGGCAUACAUCCUCAGUGCAGAGCAUCUCAGCUAUUCCUUCUGGAGAUAUGGUAUGCUCAGGCUCGUGGGAUAGUUCGAUCAAGUUGUGGAAAGUUGUCUCUGAAGGAGAUGGCGACUCUGUGUCAAUAAAGCGAAGAAGGCUUAUAACUAAUGUUGACGAGCCACAAUUGGAGGCGGAAGCUACAGCAGAUCUUGUUGGUCAUACACAGUGUGUAUCAUCUAUCGUCUGGUUAGAGCCUCAAACCAUAUAUUCAGCAUCAUGGGACCAUUCUAUCAGAAUCUGGGAUGUUCCAUCAGAGAAAGCAACAUCGAAUUUGGUUUGUGGGAAAGCUCUGAAUUGCCUCGAUGUUGGAGGUGAAGGGUCCGCACUUAUUGCUGCUGGAGGUUCGGAUCAUGUCUUGCGAGUUUGGGACCCCCGCAGGCCGAGUAGUUCGGCGCCAAUUUUUCAAUUCUCGUCUCAUUCGCUUUGGAUUAGUGCUUGUAAAUGGCACCCGAGAUCCAUAUUUCACUUGCUUUCGGCUUCUUAUGAUGGGAAGGUUAUGUUAUGGGAUUUGAGAACUGCGUGGCCUUUAGCGAAAAUAGAUGCACAUAAGGAUAAGGUACUGUGUGCAGAUUGGUGGAAAGAUGAUAGUGUAGUUAGUGGAGGAGCUGAUUCAAAAUUGUUCAUUUCUUCAGGGAUAUCAAUAAUUUGAAACUUCUCAAUGAUAUCUGGAGCUACGCUGUGCCUUCAGAUGAACUAUUAGAGGGACCAUGAAGUAAUUAGUGAAGAGUUUCAAUUUUGCUCAUAUCUUAUGCACCCUUUUGAGGGAAACCUUUUUUUUAUAUUAAUUUAAAAUUUAUUUAAUUUAUUGAAUGUCAGAAUACUGUUAUAUUGUUUAGCAGAAAGUGUU